CCAUGUUUAUUGUUGUUCUACUGAUAACUUGGAAAGCUGUAUAAAUGUACCUUGUUGAGAUUCAAAGUUUACAUCCACAUUUCACAUUCAGCUGUUUGCGUCUGCAUCUUAAAUUUUCUCUGUCAGAAGAUUGGUGUCCUCUCCAGAAUGUUGAAACAAACAGCAGUCUUAUUUUUGUUGGCUCUUCCUUGGAUGUCAUUUGGUGCCCUAGCUCCAAAGAAUCUUGCCUUACGUGGAAAAGCCACCCAGUCAAACCUCAUAGAUAAUCCAUACUCUGGCUACAGUGAUGCAAACAAUGCCAUUGAUGGGAAUCGCAAUGCACAUUUUUAUGAGGGGUCUUGCACUGCUACUGACACUCAGACCAAUCCCUGGUGGAGAGUUGAUCUGCUGGACACAUUCAUAAUCACCUCUGUCACCAUCACUAAUAGAGGGGAUGCUUAUCCUGAAAGGAUCAAUGGUGCUGAGGUCCAUAUUGGCAAAUUCAUACUGAACGAUGCUUUUAACACUUUGGCUGGGGUCAUUCCCUCUAUAUCAGCUGGAAGAUCUCUCACACUGAAAUGGACCAAAGGUGUGGAGGGACGUUAUGUGACUGUGCGUCUUCCUGGAAGUGGAAGACUUCUUACACUCUGUGAAGUAGAGGUUUAUGGGUAUCCUCCUCCAACUGAAAAUGUAGCCAUAGCAGGAAAGGCUACACAGUCCUCUUCUCAUGGCAGUGGGUUUGCCAACAACGCCAUUGAUGGCAACAGGAAUGGUGUGUAUGGAGACGGGUCUUGCACUCACACUAAAGCUACAAUCAAUCCCUGGUGGAGGGUAGACCUCCUGAAGACCUACAGAGUGUUCUCCGUCACCGUCACAAAUACAGUUGACAGUGUCCCGGAAAGACUUAAUGGAGCUGAGAUCCGCAUUGGAAAUUCCCUUGACGGCAAUGGAAUCAAUAAUCCCAGAUGUGCAGUGAUCUCUUCUAUCCCAGCUGGAUUUUCUGAGACAUUCCAGUGUAAUGGGAUGGAGGGCCGUUUUGUCGUUAUUGUCAUUCCAGGAAGAGUGGAGUACCUUACUCUGUGUGAGGUAGAGGUGAAAGGUUCCCCUCUCGACUAACAAAUUAAUUAAAAUCUGCUGAAGGACUGUGUUGAGACAGUAUAGACAGAGGAUUCGGAUGAGAGCUUAAACUCAAACAAGAAAAGUAAAAGUAAACAUCACUGAAUGCUGUUGUAAACUAUGAUCUGAAAAGAAGAAGCAAAAACCAAUCCCAACCCAGUAGCGUUCAUUUUUCAGCCAUAUUCAUGGUAAAAAUCCUUUUUCUUUUUCUUUAAAUUCACAGUGUCCAUAUGAUUAUGUAAAGGAAUUGUUUGCUAAAUAAAUCUAACUUGUUGCAUUGUU